UGGCUCAAGAAUUUUUACCCCUGGCCUUACAUCCGGGAGCGAGUUGGCAGCUCACUCGCGACGGAAGUGUUGAAUCGCAUUGAAAAAAACUGGCAUCGCAGCUCAUCAGCCAGCCGAGAGAUGAGCACUGGAAAGGAGAGCUUGUUCUGGCCAUCGCCUCCCGCCAGCCCGUCAGGCAUGCGCCAGCUCGACAGCCCUUGCAGACUUGAAGCGCCGUCCGCUCGAAAACGAGCAGUGGCCUCUGCGCUGCAGACGGCGGUCCAAUCAGGCUCUGUUCAGCAGGUUCAAGCAGUUCUUGAGCUAGAUCCAGCCGCCAUUCUGGAGACAGCUGAUCAGCCAAUUUGCCAGUUGACCCAGAACUGUGAGGUUCUACGAUUGCUGCUUCGCCACGGUGCCCAAGUUGAUGACAGAGACAGAACUGGCCAUACGGCGCUGUCACUGCUGUGCGCAGGCCAGGCAGCACCCCUUCCGCUGCCGUUUGACUUCCUGUGCGCAUGGCCUUCCUGCUUGGUUGAGAGCAACUUUGAAGACUGCUUCGCAUUGGGGACAGGUGCUUCGUUCGAGGACUUUGGCAGCAAGCAAGGUGAGCAAGAUGGAGCGGAACUCCUGGACGUCGCUGCGGUGCUGCUCAAUGCCGGUGCCAGCACAGAGGCGACCCGCCGAGGUGCUCCAGCAGAUCUUGCGAAGAACCUUCCCAAGCUGGCGGAGUUUGUGCUGUGCUUCCAAGCAGCCAAGGCCUACGUGGCCUGCCAGAGGUCUUCCAGAGGAGGCCUUGCAGGUGAGGUACAUCAUCUUGAUAGCGCGCUGCAAAAGGAGGUUUGCGCAUGGUUGGCACCAGAGGGAAGUGCCUACUGGAGCUUCUUGCAUUACAUUGACUAGUGGCCAGGGCAGCACAGAAGCUCCUGAGCGUCCGAGCACAGGAAAUCCUUCCAGAUUGGUUUGCUUCCGUGGGUGUCCGUGUUCCUUCUUGUAAAGUUUUCUUUGGCUUCUUGGUG